AUGAAGCAAACGAACGGCGACACGGAACUGUUGAUGAACAUCUUACCAGAUGAAAUCGACGGCGUGAAGUUGGAAUGGUUUCACGGUGCAGCUGCGAACAAAACGGAUAAAGAAGCCACUGCUGGUGGAGAUGAUGAUGUUAAAAAUGCGCAAAAUUCUGAUGAAGAAACGCUCGACCUCUCCUCACUAGAGAAGCGC